AUCGACAGCUCAGCCGGUCACACAAGAGCUCUACCGUCAACAAAGCGAUGGCAUACCUCUGGUUGUACCGUGCUGACAGAGUGAAAAACCACUUUGCCGUGAUUGUAUUUUUGUUCGGAACUCUACUUAAGCUGAACCAUGUUUGCAUAGCUCAGGAAGCUACCGAAGAUGCCGAACUCAGGCUCCUCCAUCAUCUAAUGGAAAACUACUUACAGGAGAAACAAAUUCUACCAACGCAAAACAGAUCUGAACCAGUGAUUGUUACGUUCGACAUGGCAUUCAGUCAGCUUGUUGACUUGGAUAGCAAAGACCAAAUAAUGACCAGCAACAUUUGGGUCAGACAGUUUUGGACCAACAAGAGGCUUACGUGGGAUCCAGCGGAGUUUGGUGGAAUCAAAGACAUGAACGUCAAUCCAAAAAUAGUAUGGAAGCCUGAUAUUCUUUUGUACAACAACAUUAACGGCGUCGGAAGAGAGAUGUACAACUUUGACACCAUGGUUAUCCUGCACCAUGAUGGUCGAAACGAAUGGUUUGCACCAACUGAAAUCAAAUCCAUAUGCAAGAUUGACAUAACGUUCUUUCCUUUUGACGAGCAGAUUUGUUUACUUACUUUCGGAUCGUGGACCUACAACAGCCAGUUCCUUGACCUGGUUCGCAAGAGUGAGACUGCUGACCUGCAGAAGUACACCAGUAAUGGCCAGUGGACGUUGGUCUCCGUAAACGCCACACGAAACGUGGUUAAAUAUAGCUGCUGCAAGUAUCCUUAUGUUGACAUUACAUUUAGGGUCCACCUUCGGCGAAGACCGUUGUUUUAUGUUCAGAAUUUGAUUCUACCUUGCAUUCUUUUGGCCACUUUGACAGUGUUUUCUUUCACGUUACCGCCAGGGUCCGGAGAAAGAAUUGCAUUGGUGAUAACCCUCUUGCUUGGCCUUACGGUGUACAUGCUCAUUUUCACCGAGAACAUUCCCAAGACAUCAGAAGUACUACCACUGAUCAGCAAAUUUUUCAUCGUGAUCCUUUUUGAGGUGGCCUUUUGCUUAAUGGCAACGUCGGUCACUUUGAGGUUUUAUCAUUUUAGUGAACCGGAGAGGAGAGUUCCCGCAUGGGUGGAUUUUUUUAUAGUUGGCUGGAUGGCAAAACUGUUGAGAAUGAAAAUGACUGUGAACUUGCCGGAGAAUCGAUACGGCCCUAAUAGCAUCAUUUACCGUAAAAGUGGGAUGAGAGGUACAUUGUGGCAUCGCCUACUGGGCUGCAGGGCCAAUGGCACCGAAUCCUUAAGCGACGGUCGAAUGCAGGGGAAAGUCAAAGAUUCCAUGGAUGAAGAGCUGGAGGAAAUAACGGAUAAACUCUCUGACAUUCCCAGUAAAGCCGUCGACAAAAACGAUGAAUCGAUGCAAAAUAAAGAGAAAUGGCAUUUCGCUGCCUCCGUGGUAGACAGGCUUUUCUUCUUAAUGGCAGGCGUGGCUUUUUUCCUUUCCGUGAUCAUUUUCUAUCUCAAAAUACCACACUACAACAAUGAAAGGAACUUUCAAGACAUUUAGACUGAUUGAAUAGAAAGGAGACAGAGGAAUAACCCCAUAGAUUUGCAAGGUCGUGAUUUGUGCUUUUCUCUUUCUUCUUUACGACUGACCUUCCAACAUACUCACUUUUGUGCACAGGGCAAAAAUAGAGCUCUGACCGGAAUCAGUACACGCCAUUUCUUCAGUUGAAUCCUUGGUUUAGAACAGGAGCCUGUUCGCAGGCUACAACUGGUGGAUUGCGAACUCCAAAAGCUACCAUUUUUUUUCUAUCUUGAGGUUGCGAUUUCUGCCGAAAAAAAGGAGCUCCGCGGUUUUUUAUUACUUUUUUUUCAAUUUUAUCUUUGUGCUUGUGUUGAAAUAUAGCGCCUUGAAUUCAUUAGGACAUAUACCUAAUCGUUGUAAAUAUCCCACUUCUAUAGUUGUUGGUACCUAUUGUUUGAGUGGCAGUUUGCCAAUGUCCCAGAAAGUUUCUAUUUUAUGUUGCAAGUAACAUUAUAGUGGGUCAUAGUUCUUGUUUUGAAUUUCUGACUUUCUAAAAGAGAUCAGAAAUUGUGUUCGUUGCUCUCGUUGACGUAAUUCAGAAUUCCUGAGUUUUUCUGUAGAUUUUUCGCUUUUAAAUUUCAAUCAACUCUGUUAUUAUUCCAUUGUUAAUUGUUAUUUUUUGCAAUUUCUACUUAGUCACCAUGCGUAAGGCAAAUGUUAGAUAUCGCUCCAUUUCAACUUUGACUCUUUCACGUUUUUUGGCCUUAAUUUUCAUCCUCCAUUUGUGACUUUGGUGAGUUAUUCGUCUCUCUGUGAUAUGAUGUUCUAGUGUUCGUUAGUUUUGUUUGCAAGAUACUUCCAUUUGCUGUUGAGGUGUUUAUUAAAUUUGAAUCCGAUCUUUUGCGUGAUCUGCUGAACACGAGAGGUGUCCAUCAAUCUUGCGUGACCCAAUUCCACACUCCCGUAGCAAAUCUGCUGAGCUUUUCUUUAACCUCUUGCUUUCUAAAAUAAUCUCGCUCGUAUUCUUCCGAUCUCUCGAGGUCUCGUCCAAUCAUCCAUUCUUUGGCUCUCUCAUGCGCUCUUAUCCAAAACAGUGUCCUACCACUCAAACUCAUUUGCUCUCAUCCAAUCCUGUGUACCCUCGUCCAGUCUCGCGCGCUCCCAUUCAAUCCCAGGUGUACGCGUUCUCACCCAAUUUUGUGCGCCCGUAGUCAGUGUUCCGCGCUCUCGUCCAAUUCCUCAGGCAUUAAGCCAAUUCUGCGAGCAUUCACAUUGUGGGAAAGAAUAGUACCGUUAAACACGUGGUAAUCAGAAACCAGACCCGAUGUUGAGGCCAUUCUUAUAUUAAUUACCGGUGUACUACACUCUCGAAGUUCGUCUAUGUAACUUUUAAUCCUAAUUCGCUUUAUUGGU